ACAGUGAAAGGUGGUGUAUCGAACUUCUCUCGUCUCGCUCUGUCACUGGUCGCCUCUCGAGAACCCGACAAGGCGUCUUCACGUUAACUACUCAGUCCCCCGUGAAAAUGUUUGCCUUGGGUACCGGCCGCUUACCCUACCUGCUUCUGCUGGUGGCCUUCCUCUGCUUCCUGCUCCCUCUGGCGGCCGAAGCGGAGACCUCUGAGGAUGAGUUCCGAGGGGCAGGAGGCGGAGGAGGAGGUGGUGGAGGAGGAGGAGGAGGAGGAGGAGGAAGUGUGAACGGCAGGGAGAGCAGGAGAGGAAACCGGAACGCGAGGAACAAAGAGGAGAACGAGAUCCAGCGCCCACGCAGCAGGAGGAAAGGAGGCCAGAGCCGAGUGAAGGUCACCAUGGCGACCCUGCAGCAGGCGGUGACUGAGGCCCUGGAGGAGCAGCUGGAGCCCCUGAACACCGCCCUCAGGCUCAUCCGUCUCGACGCCUUUGCAGAGAACAUCCAUCGCCAGCUGGGGACAAUGGAGCACAUUCAGAGUAAACUGCUGACGGAGUAUGGCGAGUUGAGGGCGUCCGUCAGCGAGGUCGGAAGGAACACUCUGGAACUGAGCAGGCAGGUUGCAGGUCUUGAUAGCCGAGUGGCGGCGCUUGACCGGACUCUCAACCGUCGCCGCGGUGGUGAUGACCUUCUCUCCGACCGCCUGGACAGCGAAGACUACCCUCAGGCCAGUAUGAGCCACGACCUCUCCGACGUCACCGAGGCUGUGCGAGAAGCGGUGACCUCCAUCAGCAGCAGACUCCAGGCCACCGAGAGGCGCUUCAAGGAGGACCUGGCGACCCUCGAGAACCGGACGACGGAGGCGCUCAAGAAGUCCCACGCCGACCUCGACCGCCGCAUCGCCAUCGCCGGACUCGACAGCGUCCUCAUACUCAACACGCUGGACAAGCUGGCCAACAAGACGUGCGCCGCAGGAUCUCAGGACCGCAGGAGCGCCAACGCACACCAGGGGAUCCGCGGAGACACGCCCGCGCGCCCACGCCCUCACCGUACCCACGUCGAAGAGGACGCCGAAGGAGUGGCUCAGGAUGAGCUGGCAUAUUUCCCCGCCGAGGAGGAGGAUCAGGUUCCAACAAGCGGGUCCUCGGGAGAGCGUGUGAGGACCUGGCUCAUCCGUGAGAGUGGGCGGCCCGUGACCGAGGUACAGACCCUCAACCUCGGCAUGGUCAGUCGCCUUGCUUCCGAGAUCGCGAAGCAAAUGGCCGAAGGUGAUCUAGACGCCAACCAGCCCCGUGACUGCGCCGCCGUGGCCGCUGCAGGAGAAACCAGCAGCGGCGUCUACACGAUAUUCCCUGCGUCGUGCACAGCCAGGUUCUCGGUGCAGGUCUGGUGUGAACUGGAGGAGGACGACAACGCAUGGACGGUCCUUCAGCGGCGCGGCUCCAGGACCUCUGAGAUGCCUCACCCCGUCGUCGACUUCUUCAGGGACUGGGCCGAGUACAAGUGGGGCUUCGGUGACCUCGAGGGGGAGUACUGGCUGGGCAACGAGUACAUCCACCAACUCACGCAAUCCGGAGACUACGAGCUACGAGUUGACCUGUUAGACUGGGCCAACGAGACUCGCUGGGCAACCUACAAGCACUUCUCACUUAGCAACGAAGAUCACAACUACACUCUCAGCCUUGGAGAUUACGAAGGCACUGCUGGUAAUUCCCUCAAGUACCACCAGGGGGCUCCCUUCAGCACCAGGGACAGGGACAAUGACUUCAACCCCAGGGGACACUGCGCUCGGACGUUCCACGGAGCUUGGUGGUUCACUGCCUGCCACGAGUCUCACCUGAACGGGCGCUACCACCACGGGCGCCACAAGAGCUACGGCGACGGCAUCAACUGGAUGGCCUUCAGAGGACACAACUAUUCCCUGAAAUUCUCUAGGUUGAUGAUCAGGCGUACCAACCUCUAGGUGACGCGCGCCGAUGCUUGAGGAGGGCUGCGUCACCUUACAAGAGGGUUGGGGGGAGAGGGGGGGUUGUGGGAGUUAUAUGUAUAUGUGAUGGUUGUCAGUCUGUAUUGAAUUAUGUGUACGUAUAAGAGAAGGUUGUAUAUGUGGUGGUAUAUGUAUAUAUACAUGCAUACAUAUACAUAUAUCAUAUACAUACAUAAAUAAACACACCCAUAUACAUACAUACAUACAUAGACACACACACACACACACACACACACAC